UUACGACAAGGCUCAGCAGAAGAACUGGCUCUGGUCGGCACAGAUGUGAUGGAUCGUAAAAGGGAUUCAAACUGUUACUCUCCACCAGACCCCCUUGGUAUUGUCGAGCUCUCCAGAGUGUUACGCGAAAACAGUGGUUUCCAUGCCACCGGACCCCUUGACUUUGUCUACGGUGUGGUUUUGAUGAUAAGUAAGGCUUGUAUUCUGCCCAUCGACUACACCAAGAGUGUUUGUGAGAUAUUUCAAGAUGCCGCAAGGUAUCCGAUCGACCGCGACGGGAGGCUGGAUAUUCUUCUACAUGCG